UUUCAGACAUCGUGGCUGGGACAAGAGCGUGAAAUACCUGUCUUUGGAGAUGGCAAAAAUGUUCCGACGAUUCACAUCAGUGACCUGGCAAGUGUGAUUCAGAGCGUGAUUGAACAUCGGCCCAAGCCAUAUUACCUGCUAGCUGUGGACUAUUCCAGCAAUACCAUGGAGGACAUUGUGAAGAUCAUGGAAAUUGAAUCCAUGAUGGUCAACCUUCGCAUGGAGGGUGUCUAUCUCAAGGAGCUGUUGUCUAUCAACUGGUUGUGUGAGUCUGGUUUGGUGGAUAACAUAGAGCUGGUGGUGGAGGAGUACCGGCAGACCAGAGGACUGCUGCCCAUCCGUCUGUGUGUCCUGGGUCCUCCUGCAGUGGGGAAAAGCACAGUGACAAAACAGAUCUGUGAACACUACAAACUCCAUCACAUUACACUGAAGGAGACCAUCUCUGAAACUAUCACACAGCUAGAAGAUACUGUGAUGAAUGCUGAUCCAGAGGCAGAUAAUGAGGACUCAGCAGCAGAGGCCCAGGAGCAGCUCAACAGCCUGAAGGACAGCAUGGAGCAGAAUGGAGGUCUUUUGGAUGACCAGCUGUUGGUGAAGGUGAUAAAGGAUAAGCUGAUGUCUAACCCAUGCAGAAACCAGGGUUUUGUUUUAGAUGGCUUUCCCAAGACAUAUGAUCAAGCUAAAGAGCUCUUCAGUGGUGAAGAACAUGAAUCAGAGGAUGGACCCUCCCAGAUUUCUUCAUAUAGCAAGAAGAUUACACCAGAGUUUGUGAUGUGCCUGGAUGCGUCAGAUGCCUUCCUAAAGGAUCGGGUGAUGAACCUGCCAGAGAGGCUGGUGCAGGAGCACAGCUACGAGCAGGAGCACUUCCUGCAACGCCUGGCCAGAUACAGAGAAAAAAACACAGAAGAUGAAACUGUUAUCAACUACUUUGAUGAGCUGGACAUCACCCCUCUGUAUCUUGAGAUCACCAGCAGUGAUGAACCGGACUGCCUUCUGCUGAUGCAAAAGAUCUGCGACACAGUGGGCAAGCCCAGGAACUAUGGCCCCAGCAGCCAGGAGGUGGAGGAGGAGGCCAGAAGGAAGACUGAGGAGAAAAUGAGGAAAGAGGCCCAGGAAAGGGCACAAGAGGAGCAGAAGGAGGAGGAGGAGACCAGACAAAGAGCUGCACGCUGGGAGGAGUGGACUAAAGGUUUGGAGGAGGUGAGGCGGCAGGAGGAGGAGCUGCUGGAGGCCCAGUCAGUCCCCAUGAGAAACUAUCUGAUGGAGCAAGUCAUGCCCACGGUAACCCAAGGUCUAAUUGAAUGCUGCAUGGCACACCCACAGGACCCCGUGGAUUUCCUGGCAGAGUACUUGUUCAAGAACAACCCCUUUGACUACUAAAGGUAGAGGUCAUCUCCUGUGGUUGCACACACAUACGAAUACAGAACGAAUAAUUGAAAUAAAAUCUUUUUUUAACUCCUAA